AUGCAAGAAGAAGUUUUAACUAUAUUGAAUAACAUUAGCUUGGCAAAGGAUAAACUAAUUCCAUGGGUAUUAUCAGAGAUAUCUUGCGCAUUUACUAAAAUGUGUCAUUUUAUUUGGAAUCAAUCUCCAAAUAAUACUAAUGUUGGAGAAAGUGCGCAUGCUAAUGUAAAUCAUGAUGGACGUAAUCUUUCUCUUCUUGCUGGUAUUAUUAGCAGGUAA